UCUUGUUUGUUAGUUAGCAGUUUGUAGUACUCAUGUCUCUUUCUAGCUAAUUAUUCUAAUGAUGCAGGUUUCAGUUACUGGUACAUUCUUGGUGAAUAAAGAACAUGUGGAAAGUCGCAGGUGGUCAUUUAUGUUUGGGGAUGUUGAAGUACCAGCUGAGGUUUUGACCGAUGGCACGCUACGCUGCUAUGCACCAGCACACCAAUCAGGAAGAGUUCCAUUUUAUGUGACCUGUUCAAACAUGGUGGCUUGUAGUGAAGUGCGAGAAUUUGAGUAUCGUGAUUCUGAAGCUCAUUACAUGGAGACUUCUCGUUCCCAAGCCAAUGGUGUAAAUGAAAUGCAUCUACACAUUCGUCUUGAGAAGCUACUCACUUUGGGGCCAGAUGACCAUCAAAUGCUUGCUAUAAAUUCCUUAAUGCUUGAUGGGAAAUGGUCAAAUCAAGAAUCUUCUGUCAAGGAAGUAGUUUCCACUGCUAGGGUCCAAAGUUUAAAGAAACUGGUGAAAGAGAAGUUGCAUCAAUGGCUCAUCUGCAAAGUAAACGAUGAUGGAAAGGGUCCCAAUGUUCUGUGCAAGGAAGGACAGGGUGUGAUUCAUUUAGUAGCAGCACUGGGUUAUGACUGGGCUAUAAGACCGAUAAUAAUUGUCGGUGUCAAUGUGAACUUCCGGGAUGCUCAUGGAUGGACUGCACUCCACUGGGCUGCGUCUUUGGGAAGAGAGCGGACAGUUAGUGUUCUCAUAGCAAAUGGACACAAGAUCCCGAUGCGGCAGUGGCGGACAGCAACGGGCGCUCAACGCCAUCGUGCCUCCUGUGAACCCAUGGUGAGAUGUGUGGUCUCGAUCUAGAGUCGAAGGACUUCC